CAACUCGAGUCAAACGACAUUUUAACUUUUAAGUUUUAAGUACAUUUUAAUAUUCCAUCAAAACUCCCGUGAAGAGUGAAAAAUUAGUUAGUUUCAGUUACCUCGUUUUAAAACUGUUUUCCGUUUCAAGUGAAUUUCAUAAGCGUCAAAAUGUUCAAAACGCCAUUGUCAGGCAUUCUAUUUGGCGCGAGCAAAGUAUCCUCAAAAUUGUUCAUGCCUAGCAGUGGUUUGCACGUAACGGUGCCAAUGAAACUGAAAGAGAUCCAUGCCAACAAGGUUGGUAGCAAGUUGAUUAUCCAAGGAACUUUUGUGACGUCUCCUAGGAAAGAUCAGGUUAUUCAAAACAACAGCGAAUGCUGUUCAUUGUGCAAUCUGGGCUUGAAUGUCAAACAUACGGAUGUAUUGAUUCUUAGCCAAUUUGUACGACCUGACGGUUGUAUGAUGCCUCAACGAGUUACUGGUCUCUGUAAAACCCAACAGAAGAAAAUGUCUAAAUUAGUGUCUAUGGCACACAAAGCAGGUUUAAUGUGUAACUUAGCUCCAGAAAAUAGUAGAAAGGAUUCCACUAAAAGAAAGUUAUGGAAAAAAUACAAUACAUACUUUGAUGAAUCCACCAUUAAAAUUUAUGAGAGUCAUUUCAAAAAAAUCAAAGAAAAUAUUGUACUUGACUACAUGAAAUUAAGAAAACUAAACAAUUAAUUAAUUUGUAAUAAUCAACAAUAUUAGAAUUUAAUAGU